AUGCUCGAGGAGACUGGCUUCUAUCCCAACCUGCACAGCCAGCUCUUGAUGGAACAGUCUCAGCUGAUGAAGAAGGUGAACAUGUUGAAGCAGGAAAAUAGGAAAAUUCGGGAGCAUUGUGACCUAGUGCUGCAACACUUGGGGAAAUUGAAACUAAUCUGUAAGAAUCAACAGGAGGACACCAGUGACCACCAGACCCAGCAGCAGCAGGGUCUGGAAAGAAUGGAGGAAUUGCUGCAGGACAGACACAAGCAGAAGGAUCUGGGGGUCCAGGAGAAGGAGUCAGCAGGAAAGCUGCAGCAUCACUUUGAGCUCCUCCAGAAGAGCAACUUGUACAGCUGCUUCCUGACAGAGCUGAAUCAGUUGAAGAAGAAGGUGGACAUGAUGAGGCAGGAAAACAAAACAAUACAGGGGCGUUGUGCCCGACUACAGCAGCACUUGGAGGACUUAACGGUCUCUAAGCAGCAACAGGAGGAGGCCAGUGACCUCCUGAUCCAGCUCCAAAAGCACAUGGAAAGGAUGGAAGAAAUGCUUCAGUAUGUGCUGAAGCAGAAGGAGAUGGCCAUCAAGCAAAAGGAGUUAGCAGAAAAAAUGCAGCAUCACUUUGAGGUCCUCCAGAUGAGGUCUGAGAAACUGCAGCAUGAGAUGGAACUGGCCACAGCCCAGAAAGAGAGUGUCCUACAGAAUGACCUGCUGCACCAGGAGCCACCUGCUGAGCCCCAUCCCUAG